AUGUCACGCCGUGGAACUUCAGUUAACUAUGCUGAUUUAGAUGCUGGGAAUUUCUCUGAUUUAUCAUCUUCAGAGGAUGAGAAGUAUCAAGAUAUGGAUUUCAAAUUCGGAUCACGAAAGAAAAGAAAUCAUCAACCUGAAGAUAUGAAUGAUGAAGAAUUAUUGAAGAAGAGAAAGGCAGAAGAAAGUAUUGAUGCCAUUAAAGCCUCCAUCAGUAAUAAAGAAUUCAAUGACGAUGAUAUGAUAGAUUUAACUCCAGAUAUCCCCAAUGACUAUGUUCCUGAUGCAGUGUCCAAAAGUUUUAACAAAGGAGACUUUUCAUAUUUAAGAUUGAAGCCUGACCAUUUUUCAAGACCAAUUUGGAUAUCACCUAAAGAUGGUAGGAUUAUUUUAGAAUCAUUUUCUCCAUUGGCUGAACAAGCCCAAGAUUUUUUGAUCACUAUUGCCGAACCAGUUUCAAGACCUUCACAUAUUCAUGAGUAUAAGAUUACACCUUAUUCAUUGUAUGCCGCAGUUUCAGUAGGUUUAGAAACUGAUGAUAUCAUUCAAGUUUUGAAUCGAUUAUCCAAGGUCCCUGUGGCGGAAUCCAUCAUAAAUUUCAUCAGAGGUGCUACAGUAUCUUACGGUAAAGUUAAGUUGGUUUUAAAACACAAUAGAUAUUUUGUUGAAAGUGCUCAAGCUGAUGUUUUACAAAUGUUAUUGAAAGAUCCAGAAAUUGGUCCUUUAAGAAUUAAUAGUGAAAGUACAGUCAAUUCCAAUGGGUUGGUUAAAUCAUCAGCUCCACAACAAGGGAACUUGGUUAUUCCUGGUACUAAGAAAACUGAUGAUAAGAAAGAUCAAGAAACUGAAGAUAUUUUCGCUUCAGUCAUUGGAAACAAAGCAGAUGAAGAUGAAGAUGAUGACAUGGAUGCAGUUCAUUCAUUUGAAAUUGCCAACGAUUCUGUUGAAAUAGUUAAAAGAAGAUGUCAAGAGAUUGAAUAUCCUGUUUUGGAAGAAUAUGAUUUCCGUAAUGAUGGUAGAAAUCCCGAUUUGGAAAUAGAUUUGAAACCUUCAACUCAAAUCAGACCUUAUCAAGAAAAGUCGUUAUCUAAAAUGUUUGGUAAUGGACGUGCUAGAUCAGGUAUUAUUGUUUUACCUUGUGGAGCUGGUAAAACUUUGGUAGGUAUUACGGCUGCUUGUACUAUAAGAAAAUCAGUAAUCGUUUUAUGUACAUCAUCAGUAUCAGUUAUGCAAUGGAGACAACAAUUCUUACAAUGGAGUACAAUUCAACCUGAAAGUGUUGCAGUGUUCACCUCUGAAAACAAAGAAAUGUUUACUACUGAUGCUGGUUUAGUUGUUUCAACUUAUUCAAUGGUUGCUAAUACUCGUAAUAGAUCACAUGAUUCCCAAAAAGUAAUGGAUUUCUUAACUUCCAGAGAAUGGGGUUUCAUUAUUUUAGAUGAAGUUCAUGUGGUUCCAGCAGCUAUGUUUAGAAGAGUUGUUACCACCAUUGCUGCUCAUUCAAAAUUAGGUUUGACAGCCACUUUGGUCAGAGAAGAUGAUAAAAUUUAUGAUUUGAAUUUCUUGAUUGGACCUAAAUUAUAUGAAGCUAAUUGGAUGGAUUUAGCUCAAAAGGGACACAUCGCCAAUGUUCAAUGUGCCGAAGUUUGGUGUCCAAUGACUUCAGAAUUCUAUCAAGAAUAUUUGAGAGAAAAUUCUCGUAAGAAAAUGUUAUUAUAUAUUAUGAAUCCCACCAAAUUUCAAGCAUGUCAGUUUUUAAUUCAUUAUCAUGAAAAAAGAGGUGACAAAAUCAUUGUUUUCAGUGAUAAUGUUUAUGCUUUACAAGAAUAUGCUUUGAAAUUAGGGAAACCUUUCAUUUAUGGUUCAACCCCUCAACAAGAACGUAUGAAGAUUUUACAAAAUUUCCAACAUAAUGACCAAAUCAAUACAAUUUUCUUAUCAAAAGUCGGUGAUACUUCUAUUGAUUUACCUGAAGCUACAUGUUUGAUUCAAAUCUCAUCCCAUUAUGGUUCAAGAAGACAAGAAGCGCAAAGAUUAGGAAGAAUUUUAAGAGCCAAAAGAAGAAAUGAUGAAGGGUUCAAUGCAUUUUUCUAUUCAUUAGUUUCUAAAGAUACUCAAGAAAUGUACUAUUCCACCAAAAGACAGGCAUUCUUGGUUGACCAAGGUUACGCUUUCAAAGUCAUUACUCAUUUGAAUGGGAUGGAAAGUUUACCAAAUUUAGCUUAUGCUACCCCAAGAGAAAGAAGAGAAUUAUUACAAGAAGUGUUACUUAAGAAUGAAGAUGCAGCUGGUUUAGAAAUCGGUGAUGAUGCUGAUACAACAUUUGCAAGGAAUAGAGCAGUUAAAGUUGAAAAUUCUGGUAAUUCAGUAAAGAGUGCAGGAUCAUUAGCUGGAUUAGCAGGAGGUGAAGAUAUGGCAUACAUUGAAUAUAGUAAAAACAAGAACAAAGAAAUCAGGGAACAUCAUCCAUUGAUCAAGAAGAUGUAUUACCAAAAGAAGAAGUGA